AUGCCUCGAAGGGGAGGUGUUGUAGUGAAAUUUGAACAUACACCAGAUGCAUACAUUGCAAAUCGAGAAGAGGGAGAGAAAGAUGCUAGAAAAAAGUUAGAAUGGGAAGGAGCUUCAAAAAAAGCUAUAUUAGCAGGUAAACACCGUCAUGAAUGCAAGGGUAAAGUUACAAAAUUUGGAUGGUGUAGUGAUGCUUUAUGCAGAAUGUGGUUUGAUAUGACUGAAUAUUUUGGCUUUUCCAGUGAUGAUAUAGUGGAUACAGAUAUAGAUUCAGCAAUACUAUCCGUUGCUGAUGGGGGCAGUGGUAUAUAUGAAAGGCUUCUAGUAUUAGGACAUCGUAUUAUAGACUCUUCAUCAAAAGAGUAUGCAGUUGCCAAGUAUAUUAGAAGUGGUCUAGAAGGAGUACCUACAGGAUCUGAAGAAAUUUUAAAUGAACAAAAUAAAAAACUUCUUGUAUUUCUCAAGAUGAGAUGGUUUACAAACAAUGCUACUUCUGUAACGACAUUGUCCAAGUUUGGACGCAAGUAUUUGCAUUAUUGCCGAGCUGAAAUUAACAAUGCCUCUCCUAGCUGGAAUGAUUCACGCAUAUCAAAAUAUAUCAAAUUCUGCAUUGCUUUUUGUCUCUACUGGCAAGGAUGUUUUGAUUGGAAUAAUCCACUACAUACUGAGGUAUAUAUAACUGAACAAUUUCCAUGGUUACAACAUUUCACCAGAUUAAUAGAUAUAGGAAUUAUCACACCUGCAGUACAACAUGAAGGUAUACUUGUAUCUAUUGAUAAGCUAAGGAAUGAAAGACUUCUCAAUAUUUUAUGGCAAUACUUUGGAUAUGAUAAAGUAAAAACUACAGUACCUCCGCGUAUAACUUAUAUUUUAGGGACACCUGAAGGUAUUACUCUACCAGAAGAGCGAACUGGUGAAGCUAUUAUAAAUCACUAUAUUGGACAUUAUCUUAAAACAAUAGCUACAGAGCAUGGACUCAAGGGGGUUGAUGCUUUGUAUUGGGUAGAACGAGAAAAAAACGCAAUAAUGGAAAGUCAUGCCAUUGAGCUCUUUUCUUUGAUAGAUCUAGAAAUGGGAGAAUUAUAUUUCAAUGGGAGUUCAGGCUCUAGUAAGAAAAAAUUUCAAAGAUAUAAGAGCUUACUCUUUUCAAUGGUUGCUAAUAUGUAUGUUCUAUCAGAUCAAGAUGAAGUUGCACAAAUUUGGAUUCAGGAAAUGGUUUCUCAAAUUCGACAAAUUCAGUUAUACAUCAUGGAAUUUCAGGAUAUUGUUGCAAAUGCAGAUUCUAUUAAGGAUUCUCUUUUUAAAAAUGCUAGUGUAAGUAGUAAUACCUUAGCAUAUUCAUAUGUUCCUAAAAUUCUAAUGCCUUCUGAACAUGAAGAGGAAGUUUCUUUACUUGAUAUUUUUGAUUCACAAGGUACUCAAGCAAUUGGUGCUUUCAAAAAAUACUUAACUACUUCUAAAGAGUAUAUUAGAAAUUUAAAAAACAAAAUUUCUGUAAGUGAUUGGUUCAAGAAGGGAUUCGUAAGUUGUGCAACCUAUAUACAUAAUGAUAAACAAAAUACCCUUCUUGAAGUAUCGUCGAAAGCUUUAAGUAAUGAAUAUACAACCAAUAUUGAAUCAAAUGAAGUAAAUUUAAAAGAUAAAUCUGAACAACUUCUAAUCAAUGAAGAAACUAAUAAGCAUAUAAUUAAGGAAGAACCAGGAUAUCAUAGUCAUAUACAUUGUAGCAAGGUAUUAUCGCCUAUUUUAGCUCCAGUUACAAUACAGCUUUCUUCCGACCACCCUAAGUUGGAGAUUCGUCCCAUAUCACUGACUUUAAUUAACGAUAAAGGAGAACCUGUUAACUUUACUCUCAAUGCAAACUCAAAAGUAUUAGAUGGGGGGAUUAUCAAACCUUUAAAAGACAUCAAUUCUAACUAUAAUGUACAUACUAUAGGAUCUAGAGAGGAUUUGACUCCGACUUCUCAAAAUUUAAAUAAGCAUAAAACUUCUAUAUUUUCAAGAAAUAUUAAUAAACUCCAAAAUGAUUACCUAAGCUCAGUUAGGAAUAGCUGGAAUGCUGCUACAAAUUAUAUUACUAAUAGUCAACAUUUCAGAAGUUGUACUAUGCAGGGCUAUGGUUGCAAUACUCCCUCUGUAUCAUUUAAACUCCCAAGAACAAAUCCUUUUCAAGUUUAUACCACUGAAAAUCACUAA